UUUGCUUCUUAAAAUUACUAGUUCAAGAAAUAGAUUAAAACUUCAGGGGAGUGAUUAAAUUACAAAUAUGUAAUUUCUCCUGAACAGACCUUUCAAGGGGCGCGGCCUCAAUACCGAUACCUGAAUGGAAGACUUGAUGAUUGGCUGAGACCUGACCCACACCUUUCCCUAUAAACAAUGACCCCAGAUUCGAUGGACAUAAUAUUACACUACUUUUUUCAAAGCAGCGGAAAGCGAUAUUACUACUUACUACAACUUCGGUGUUUUCCAGCCGUCGGUAGUUAGUUUAUACUAGCUAGCUACACGAAGAAGCUUUAAAACUUCUGGAAGGUUGGCUACAGCAUCCUUAUUUUGGGGGGUCUUUUUGGGCAUUUCUUUCUUGCAAAGAAGAGGUUCUGUGGAAGCGAUGGCAGAUUGGAAGCUACCAGUGAGCUACAACCCAUCCUACCAUGCCUUUGCCUAUGGUCUCAUGUACCAAACAGGGGCUGAGCAAAAUCAUCCCAACUUCUCCGGCUGGGCAGAGGCCGUUUACAACUCUGGGGUCAGCGGCGGCUACCACCAGCAAGGGCAGCAUCAAGGGCAGCAUCAAUCCCCACCCAGGAGUCCCGAACACAACGUUGGUAAUGGCAAUUCCCACUACCCAGGUUCUGUCAUGUAUCUCGGUGACCCUCACAGCCAUACCCCGGGUGGACGCCUUUUCAUUUCCCACAACCGGACCCUGUUUGAUCAACCGCUGGAGACCGAGAGGCCAAGUAACUACACUCCAAGCGAUCCAGUGUCGCACAGAUCACCAGAUUCUUGGAGUUCGGAGACAAGCUAUCCUCAAACCAACCCUACCACCUGGGUGAAAAAGGAGUUGGAAGAGGAGACGGAAAGUGGAAGCCCAAAUGGUAGUGAGCAUGUCUCCAGCUCCUAUCCAGAGAACACAAGCUUACAAAUUCUGGGCAGUGAGGACAACGCCCCGCAGUCUUUGCCCUUGCCUCUCCCAGAGAAAGCAGACAAAGACGCCCCCAAACAAAAAGCUCGAACUGCUUUUUCAACAGGCCAAAUGGAUGCCCUGACCCAUCGGUUUAACAUGCAGAGGUACCUCUCCCCUGCUGAGAUGAAGGCCCUGGCUGGACUGACGGGGCUAACUUACAAACAGGUAAAAACAUGGUUCCAGAAUCGCAGGAUGAAACUGAAAAGGCACCAGAAAGACAACAGUUGGGAAUCUGCUGGGUACCCAAACCCUGGCUACCCUAACAUGCCACCACGCCCUCAGUAUCAGGGAGAAGCCCAAACACAGAUUCAGGACCAUCACACCAACACUCAACAGUUCCAAGAGGCCAUGUUCAAGAAGAGCCCUCAGCAGAACCUGCCUUACUACACAGGUGGAUACCCUCAGCCAUCCACCUCUCCCCCCCAGCCCCCUGCAAGGCCCCUGGGCAACUGGCCCCUGCCCCCAGCCAUGACCCACUAAGUACCCCAAUGGCUUCUACAGCACAGCAAGGGGCUACAACAUGGGCAGUGUAAACACGACUCCAGCAUCAGGUGACGACAGGAACCCUACUCAUACCAACAGCUCCAUAUGCAUGACCCUGUUUCACAAUGCUAGCCAAUAAUCCACAGGUGAAUAUCUCAGUGGUAAAUCGACGGUUGUUUUUUUUGUAAAUGUAUGAAAUGGUUGUUUGGAAGGAUUCUUAUAAUUAAUGUUGAGAUUCAGACACAGGUCAUUCUCAAUUGAUGCGGUGUUGGCUCAUUAUAUCAAUCACCGUUUCUAUUUGGACUUUUAUCCCUUAUUCAUGUUUUUAUCACAAUGUUGCCUUAUUUUUUUUAAUAGCUUCCAGAGUUUUUACCAGAGUAUUUAAUAUCAUUGAAGAGGUCAUUGCUCCUUGUGCUUUUUGACACUCAACUCUGACAAAGUUUUGAUCUAUGUUGGAAGUGGCAGGCUUUUAUUUUCUUUUUUUAUCCAUCACUUAACUACUGAUGCUACACAUCUGAACGUGUGACAUUUCUCACUGCAAUGGAUGUUUGUGGUUGCAAGCUGCACCAGUAUAAUCUUUAACGUUACUGCUAUUUGUUGUGUUUUACCUAUUUGAACAGUGUGUGUGUGGCGCUACCUUGCCCUUGUUAGAAUCAAAUGUUAGGGUUUUGUUCAGUAGCCCUGAAACUAGAAAAUGCAUUGGAACUGACAAGUGUUCAUGUUGGGUAAGUUUUGUGCCCCAGAACUGUUCCCAGAUUUUACAAUUUUUUUUCUUCUAUUUUUUAUCAUAAACCCUGUUGGUGCACAGUCCACCUGUAAUGAAAUGAUGUGCCCAUGUUGGUGGGAUUUACUUUUCUUUAUCUUGAUUACACAGGGCAAAUGUUUUUUUCAAAGGCAGACUUGUUAGGAGAACCUGGCAACUGUUAAUAGCUCUACACUGAACCACACAGAAUGCUUCGACCAGGAUUGUUGGUAAUGUCAUCUUGUUACCUGAUCUGUCACUCUUGCAAAGGGGAAACAACGACUGGUUGUACAAAUAAAGCAUGUCUUAGAGCAAA